AUGGAAUACAAACAGGACGAUCAAGAGUUCAUCAAUGAACUCUUGAGCCACAAUGGUGGUUUUGAUGGCUUGAACGAGGUGGGGCAAUCGCCCGCGGGCAAUCAGAAUGCGGCACCUCACAGCAUGCUCUCGUACUCUACGGGUGAGAGUGUCGACAAAAGUCAGCCAUAUUCGAACCUGACACCUGCCAGACAACAGGAACUGCUGCAGCAUUUCAACACAGGCCACUCGUCGGUGUCCCCUGGAACCAAAGAGGAUGGAUAUUUUAUCGACGAGUACCUAGCUCAAAACCAGCAACCAGGACGCGAGAUACUGAGUGAGCACCUUCUGUUUCAGGAGCCUCUCAACGACGACGUAAUGUCGAACUAUACGGAUGAACUGACCUCCUCGCUUGGGUCUAGUGUUCACACGAGCGAUUUUCUCUCGCCUUCGUCGUCCUUUAGCUACCACCCGCAACAACUCAACUCCGUAGACUCAUCGAGCUACACGCAGUACUUGUCGUCCAGUGUCAGGUCGCCCUCCACCAGUCUCAGAGGCGGGAACUAUCUGUCGUCGUCGCUGCGUGGGCAACACAACAUGAGGUACUCGUCGACAAGCAGCACAGCAGCAGGCACGCCGCAGGACAGCAGCUCUAACGCGCAGCUCACACACGAGGAGAAACUCCGCCGGCGCAGAGAGUUCCACAAUGCCGUCGAGAGAAGACGCCGUGAAUUGAUCAAGCAGAAAAUAAAAGAACUGAGCAAGCUAGUCCCUCCAAGUCUUCUGAACUAUAAUGACGAGGGUAAGGAGAUCAAGGUUAAUAAGGGCAUUAUUUUGAAUCGGUCCGUUGAUUACCUUGAGUAUUUGAAACAGGUCCUUGAGGCGCAAGAUCGCAAGAAGCAACUACUUUUAAAGAAAGUUAGGGAGCUCGAGAAUUAUAAACGAACAUUGACUAUGAACAACGCCAGUGUUCCUCAAAAGCACUCGAGACUUAACAUAGAGAACAGCAAUUCGCCAGAACAAAUAAUUGACACCAGAAUAAUGCCUCUCAUGGGCGAAAACUCGGCUACUCCGUCCACCUUUCACGACGAUUUACAGCAGUUUUUAUCAGGGGAGGCUAUUGAGGCCGAGGACAAUGCCAAACUGAUAUAUGGUGAGAAUGGAAACGGAACCAGUGCAGAUUAUUUGCUGGAUUUUGAUAAGUAA